UCAUCGUGUAUUGUGUUUGACUGUUUUUUAAUCGUUUAGUGAACGUGUUAUCGCAUAAUUUUUACCGAGUUCCACAUAUACUCCAGUGCCUUCGUUUGAGCAGCUCAAUCAUGAUCAAUCACGUACCAUUUAACAUAGGCAUGUUGCUCUUCGUGGCGAUAGUCUUUGCCUAUGACCCUCAGGACGAUUCGUUGAAGGACAUUUUACUCCCAGAAGGCCAGUUUGAGGCUUUCUACCUCAGAGGUACCCAGAAGGAGGAACAAGGAGCUGCGAGGCCACCUCAUCUGCAUGGUUCCUUCAACCAGUAUCGAAAUCCGGCCCUUGUUGGUGCUCCAAACGGUGCAGCGUACGGCUUUAGGUUCGACGGAAAGCGACGGUUCAAUUUUGACUAAUUUAAAUGAUAAAUAUUAGCUGUCUUAUAAACAUUUUACUCGCAAUGUAAGAAACGAAAAAUAUACAUACAA